AUGGAAGAUUCUAUCGAACAUAUGUGCGAAUGGUGCGAUCUUUUGAAUGAAGAGAUCCUGUUUUACUACCGACGUGGUAAACACCGCAAAGCAGAACCGCAGCCUGACGCUACUUUCAGCGUAACUGUCCGGUUUGUGAACCGCACGACGACUUCGCCUCUAGAACUUAGUAUUUCUAUUGAGAACAGCUGGAGUCCUUCAUUUCUAUGUAUUCGUGAUUGCGAAGCAAACCAUACGCGCUGCCCGCCACCUACAGCUGCAACUCUACCAAUUCGCGUUAUCGAUUGUGUAGACGUUACUUGUGUACGGUUAUUCCAACGCAAUGGGCAAACGCCACCCGCCCAAUAUGCAGCGUUAAGUUAUGUUUGGGGGGAAGAGCAGCCGCAUCAAACUACGGCUGCGAGACUUCCCUCAUAUCUCCAACAGAUCGAUACCAAGUAUAUCCCUGCAACAAUCAAGGAUGCUAUCAAGGUAACUCGUGCUCUUGGUCUGCGAUAUCUCUGGGUCGACGCUUUUUGUAUUGUCCAGGACUCCAAAGAGGAUAAAGCUAGAAACAUCGCCCAAAUACGGAAUAUCUUCCGUCAUAGCUACAUCACUAUCAUUGCUGCUAAUGCGAAAAAGGUCAGUGAUGGGUUUCUCAACCGAAUGCUAUUAUAUAAUACCCCUAGUACGGUUCCAUUCCGCUGUCCCGAUAGUGAUGAUGCCGUUGGGACUAUGUACUUACAGAAAGGUAAUCCUGCGCCGCGCGAACCAAUUAACGCGCGAGCGUGGUGUCUGGAAGAACGCGUCUUAUCAUCACGGGCACUUUGGUACUGCAGCCACACUAUUCAGUAUGAGUGUCAGAAUGGACACAAGAACGUCGACGGAGGGGGUAAUAUGGCCGAUCCGCUUGAUGGUGUCCCGAGGCUUCCCGACCGUUUAUUUACACCUGGUCUCGCUCUUAAUGCCAUCCCCACGCACGGCAUCUCCAUUGACGCAGAUAUCAAGGGGGUGGCCGAAAAUGAGGAAAAUGAGGUAAAUAAGGCGUGGGAUAACAUCCUCACAUUGUACACGCGACGGACACUGACUAAGCCCCGGGACCGACUUAUUGCUCUAUCCGGUGUCGUAGACUACUUCGCCGAGUUCUGGGGUAAGAGAAGCAAGUAUAUUGCGGGGCUUUGGGAACACAAGCUUCCCUAUGCUCUGCUUUGGUACAUCAGCAACGGUGCGAUUGCGGCGAGGCCCGCGUUGUAUAGAGCGCCGUCGUGGUCCUGGGCAUCCGUUGAUGGGGAAGUCUCAUAUACUAUUAUCCCACAAAAAGGCGCCAUUGCACUCAAUUAUGAUGCUGUGGUAAUUAAAUGUAUUCUCAAGCGCACGAUUUGGGACCCGGCCGAAGAAGAGCUAUACGAAAUUGUCGACGGCGUCCCAGUGGGUGCCUCUGACGAAUCCCGCUCAGAGCGGGGUGAGGUGGGUUUUGUCUCGGUAGACGCGAAGGACGAGCUUCUGAUGUUGAGACGUGAAGUAUCUGCUGCUAUCCUAGCGCAGACACCUAACUCAUUACUUGGAAUUGUCGUUGUUCCUGUCACUUCUUCGGAAUUAAACAAGUUUAGCGAAAGACUAUCCAUUACACAUUGUAUGUACCGUCGCAUUGGAUGGUUCACUGCCCCAUUUUGCGAUAGAGACAAUUGGUUACGCACGCCACAUCAAACUAUACAUCUAAUAUAGAUAGAAACCCUUGCGGAACUCGAAUAUAACCGGGUAACCUAUUUCCUAAGAAGGAGUGGAAGGGGCUGUCUAAUAGCAAAAUCGUGUUUUUGCCAUUCAUUAUAGAUAAUUGAUUCAAAAACCUCGCCCAAGGUUAAGUUAAGUAGCAGUUCUAUAAAACUUCCCUAACGCACGUUCCUCUAGUAUUACCGCUCGAAGUGGACUUAGGGUAGGAAGUUCAUAAGGGCCCAUGUUUGUCGCAGAUUUUUCUGCUCUCGGAUUACCUUGAGCAUGGCCUACGAAGGCAAUAAAUGACCGGCUAUUCUGUGCGAAAGUCGAGUACUUAUGACGGUGAAUAUUCCAGACCCCCGUCUCUUGCAACCACGCGAAUAUAGCUGGCACAGUUAUCGUUAUUAAUACUAUCAUUCUGCCUGGAAGAAAAGUUCAAAUUCUGUAUAUUCCGGCCUGUAUAAACCACCUGGGCAAGCGCGAUUGUAGCGCCAACCCGAUCGUUCUUAUAGAAGAAACCUGGGUUUAAAGACACGCCAAACACGCACAUGACGCUCAGUACCCUGUCCACCGGACGCGACGAUGCUAGCCAGAAAGUGUUCUGUCAAACUGGGAGCGCUCCCUCUGGCAGACGGGCGGGCUGCGCCCGCCCGUCUACUCUAACGGUCCCAUGUCUUGCCACUACGUG